AUGCCCGACAAGUCCCACCUAGGUUCGUUUUGUGUUCGUUCUCUCGUUCAUCAUUGUUAAAUUUUGUUUUUCACCUUCCGCGUUUUCUCGAGUCAACCCUAUAAUCGCAUGCAUAUACAUACUAUUCCAUCAAUGCCUCUUAUUGAUAGUUCCUGAAGUCAACCCAUUAUUUUUUGCUACUGAGGUUCACACGCGUUCAUAUACACUGUUAUGAAAAACUUCCUCAUAGGAGUCUGCCUAUACUAUUCAUACUUAACGUUCACUUCUGAUGCGACGAGACUGUAUGAGAAGUAUGUAGGAUACACCGAGUCCAGAACCUCCGAUUAACAGGCGGGGUGUGAAGAUAAGGAAAAUGUUUCAUACAGACAGAAUUUAUUUGUCCCCUACUGAUCCUUUCGAAUCGGACAUUACAAUAUACAUGAAAAUCCUAACGGGAACGGACAACGGUAUUCCGGAUUAUCUAACUCAAAGAUUUGGCUCUGUUUGACAGUUUUAAGGUCAUCACUAUUAUCAACGAAACACCUGCCAAUUAUUUAAAUUAGGUUCUUUGAAUAUCCAGCUUUAAAGGUAUGUGAAAUUGCUGAAGCACCUGUUAACGGAAAACUGUGAAACAUAUAGUAACAGCAAUAAAGAUAUAAAUCGAGGAUAGCUGAUAAGGAGGAAGAAGUGUCACUCCAUACUGGUAUGCGAAUUCUGCGCUCGACUUAAUAUUUGUGUAAUUUCGACAAGGAAUGGGAUUCCGAAAAACCCAAAAUUGUCUUUUAAAACAAAAUCUUAAAACCGAUAACCCGGACAAGUUGUCGGCAUUGAGCCGACAUCCCAAAAAUAUGGCAUGAAUUAUAUAUAUUCAUAUAUACAUCCUCGAAGAAUCGUCAUUGUGAUAUAUAUCCAUGCGGUUAUCCCCUCAUCUGCAACUCGGAAAGUCUUAGAAACUUCCAUUCCAUUAAAUAAUUCUUAUAACAAAUCAAAACAUGAAUUGGAGCCGAACUUAUCAGUUAAAAGAACCAGAAAUUGCCCGCCCAUCAUCGAGGUACAGUAGGUCAUUAUUGAAACUCAGAUGAAAUAAUCAUAUAAAUUAAUAGGCCCGUCUAAUAAGGUCACACCCCUUUUAAGAGGUUUGCAUGAAUUUACUGAUCUAGUUGCAAAAAGACAAGCAUUCGCUUCACUGGUCGUCACUGUGUGUAUUUAGUCAGCUCAGCAAGUACCCACCUCGUGUCGCUCUGUAGAUGCAGUUGUGCAUGGCCUUGUCCGAUGUAUCGUUCAUAAUUCUACAAAUAGUAUGGUCAAUUGAAGACGCUUUCGACUUCUACGGCAAACUUGGCAUGUUUGCGUCCUCCACGUAGGCCACACUGUAGAAGCAACCACACAAGUAAAGUACUUCAUGUAAUCUUUGGAGAAUGGUAGUGGACGGGACCAUCAAUUGAAGGUCCAGUCUCUAAAACCUCCGUUUGGUUCCUGAUAGCACGCAUUUUAGUUCAUACUGAAGGUAUGCGAACAUGCCAUUUUGAACAGAAACUGAUGUUAUUUUAAAAAAGCCCGGGGUUUCUAUAGAAGAAGUAUCGAUGUAGCGCCCGUAUUAAGCGCUUAUCGCCACAAAAGUUUUAUUUAUACUUAUAAAAUUCUGGAAAUCAUCCAUUAAUUGAAAUAUAAUGCCUCUUAAAAUGUCUGAGUAUUCUUUUAAAAGUUGCAAAUAAUGUCACAUAUGUGACAUUGUUUGUAUAUGCCUCCCCAAACAUGGUUUUACCGAUUUUGUAGCAAGAUGGGUAAUUCACAGCAUUCAGAGAGGUCUAAAAAGGGUUGGCAAGCGUUAUUCAGACAUAUUGUACUUGGUCUUAUGAAAACCUGAUAAAUAUACCGCAACUGAAGUCUAAGUGUUCUAUUAAGGGGUUUUGGGAACGUUAACGCAAAGAUUAAACCUUAGUGGAAAUUGGCAUUGUGGACAUUUCCGAGUUCCCAAAAUAUUAACAAUGGACUAAAAACGUUUGAUUGGUUCUCCUAAUUAUUAAGGACCUUUGUCAUUUGCACAUAAGCGUUCUAUUUAAGUUUUAAAGCUUAACGUUGGUGAGAGUUAUCUCGAAGGUUCAAUUUCAAUUCAAUUCAAAGUCAACACCACUUACGGAGUUAACAAUGUCCUUUCAGUUAAGACGGCAUGUCUAGAGCCACAAAAGAUGUUGGGCAAAUACGCAUAAACAGAAACCGAACAAAGUUUUAAGAUAGCUAUUAAUUAUUUGUUCACUUUUGAUCGACAACUCAAACGAAUAUGCAAAUAAGUAGGAAAACUAAUGGUCCUAAUAAUAGCAUUUUAUGUUGUCUUAUUGCAGCAGUAAUAAAAUCGUUGAGUCGUUUUAACGUUAUCUGAGACGAAAUUGCUUUAAUGCUAAUUGUUUAGACUUUCAAAACAUGUGCACUAGUGGUAAAUGUUUCUCUUUUAGCAAUGUCUUCGAAAACUCGCUGUUCUGUUCUUACGGAUUUAAGUCUACUGAAUCUGGCGAGAGCUUUGAAAGAUGAAGAUGUUUUAGUCUUUGUCCUCUUGGAUAUUCCCGAGACAACAAUUGUCACGUUCUAUGAAGAAUGCAAGGCUCUUAAUCAAAAAAACAACGCCUUCAAACAGCGAUGUCUUUUGCAUUGGAAGGAGCUCCGAGCAAAUGUAAGGGACUCCAAAAAACUUAAACAGCUUGACUGGGCAUUACGGGAGUCCGGUCAAAAGGAAGUUGCUGAUGUGGUCAAGGAGCGCAAUAGCUUAGAUCUUCAAAUUACUAAAGAACUGUUUACAACGUGA